UAUGUCGGUAUUACACACGUGUUGCUUCAUAUAUACACCGGUAAAUCUCGCCUACUUGUUUACAAAUGUGUUUUUGAUGCUGUAAAGUUCCUGCUAGGCUUCAAACGGCGGUAAAAUGGAAGAUAUAACUUCAGAAUUAAUAAAACAGAUGAAAGAUUAUCCUAUCAACGAAAAAAUAUCUGAAUUAUUUAACCUAACAGAUAAUAAAGAAACGCUGAUUAAAACACGACAAGUUAUUCAAGAUCUUAAAAAAGAACCGGACUUGUUAAGUAACAAGCUUAUACUCCGCAGUCUGAGUUAUCUUUUCUUUAAACAUAGUGAAGAAGGGUCUAAAAUUUCUGUACGGAGACUUUUAUCAAGUUUUUUCAACAGUUUAUCAAAACCUACGCAAAGUGAUCUGGGUGACAUUUUUCAUAAUCUAACUUUGACAAAAACUGGAGAGACCAUUUUAUUGGACACAUCUUCUGUUGUGAUUCGUCAGAAUGUCGACAUUUUGGCAAGUCUGUUAGAGAAUUUUCAACUUGGCGAAGUUUGUGUACGUCGCGCUGUCAUUCCAUACACUGAUUAUUUAGUGAAAGCACAUGGACAUUUUCUGAUGCUGACAAGAGCUGCAUUGUCUCCAGUAGAAUUAAAUGUAGCCAUGCAUCACUGUCUUGUGACAGAGCAACUCUUAAACCGAAUGAUCCAAAAAUGUUUUGAUACUUUGCUGGGUAAAUUGGAGGCACAGGAGAACGGCGUUCAAAACACGCUACGUAACUUGAUAAUUACGAAUAUUGAUAUUUUACGCAAUGACAAUAUGUUAAUUGACUGUCGCUGUAAUGCUGGUAUAACCUUGACCUUUGUGUUGCGAUUGUGUUGUGACAACCAAUUAUCUAAUUUAUUAGUUAAAAUGUUCGAUAAUGGGUCACAUUUCAUAAACAUUCAACUUCCGGAAUGGUUGAAAGAAACGAAAAUUAUUGAUUUGAAUAGUCGAAGUCUUUCCUCCACAAGUUACCUGUGUUUUUUAUUUGGAAUCCUGUCCAAGCUAAACCCAGAACAUUUAGUGGUUGAGUUUUCAGAAGACAAAUAUCUACUCACCGACGUUUUUCUUUCUGAAACCAUGCAACUUGUUUCCAAAGUCACAAAUCCAGCGAGUAAAGUUGUUUUAGCAAAGUUGAUCUACUUAUGGACGAUGAAAGCCAAUUCACUGACAGAAACACAAAUUCCAUCACCUUUACAGGUUAGGUUAUUGGGUCAUAGUGAAGAUACCAGGUUGAUUCUAGACUAUAUCUGGACUUCAUUAGAUGAUUCACUCGAUGCCGUUAGACAGAAUGCUAAAUUAGCCUUCGAUCAAAUACUCAAAACGCAUCUCAAAUUAGUAACCAGUCUCAAAACUGACAACAGCGAUUCCUUUAUUUCAAAACUUAUUCAAGAUGUGCUCGAUAUUCCUUGGUGUAAAAGAGGAAAAUAUGCACCGUUGACUUGCUUAGUCGGAUCUUUGGGAACAAGUCGUUUGUUGGAAGCUUGCCCCAACAUUACAGAGCGUGUCAUAUUACAACUUGAUGAUCAUACACUGGCUAGUUACUGCGGUGAAUUUUACGAGAAACUAUUCGAAAGUCAUAAGAAAGAGUUGGGUGAAGACAGAUCGCCUGAGUGGUUGACAAUGUGGGUGAAUCCUGUCAUUGAAGCUUUGUGUUCGGGAACGAAGAGAACUAAAACACACAUCUUACAAUACAUUCUUCCAAAACUAAUGUCUUGUAGUAAUAACAUACUUCAAUAUAUGAUCAAAUAUCUCUCGAAUAAAGGGUCGCAGUCUAAAGGAACUCUAGGGGCUCUUAUCAUGUGUCUUCGGCGCGGAAGGUCUAUGGGACUCUUGGAUGAUAAACAGAGUGAUUCAGAGAUGUGGUGUGGUGUUGUUCUGGUUAGCGUUUUAAAGUAUGCUUUAUCUUCUCUAGAUGAACAAAUUCGGUUGGAUGCAUAUUCAUUAUUAUGCGAAAACAAAAAAACUACCGAAGCAAUUAAACCAGUAGAAUUCGAAUUAGUCAAAUUUUUUAUUCCUGCUAAUCUGAACAAUCAGUCACCUUCGUUUCGCCAACAUGUUUCUGCGUACACAAAAAAGUUUUUCGUCCGAAUGAAAGACAGUGAAAAUUCAUUAAUAAGACAAUUAAAGAAAGCUAAGAAGGAGACGCUAAUUUUGAAAAGUAAUUUAGAACAAUACAAAAUCUUUCUGGUGUGGCUUCAGCAUCAUCUGUUUUCAAGUUUGUAUCCAGGAGCAGCUUUCGCUACACGCACCUCCUGUUUGAGAAUGUUGGGCAGUAUGCUUGAUGUUUUACAAAAUGACAUCAAUGAUCAUUCUUUUUCAUUCUAUGCCGAUUUCAACUCCUCUCAUGUUAACACAAUCCUUGAAUGUAUAGCCGACACAUUUGAAGAAAAUAAAAUUGAAGCGUUAAAGAUUUUUCAGGGUUACUUAAAAUCUGCGCAAGAACCUGUCCUGAAAAACAAACAAUUAAAAGAACUGUUUCAGACAUGUGUAGAACUCUCAGUUAGCACCCGACCCCAAGACAGUACAGCAUCAGCUUAUCUGGCGCGUUGUCUGCUCAAAUUGGAGCAAACAUCAGUGGUCAUUGAUGCACAUAAGAUUAAUUUAAAAGUGAUUGCCCAUUGUGAUAAAAUUCAACUUAAUACAGAUUGUGAUAGGGAUGGGGUGAGAUAUUUGAAAUUUUUAGAAAUGAUGAUUCUCUCUUUACAAGACCAGACUGAAGUAGCUAAAAAAGGAUUAAUCAUUGCUGCAGCAAAUCGACCCAUUUACCCCACAAUACACUGCAUAAGGUAUGUCCUGAAAGACAUCAAGUUAAAUUCUUACAACAGCAGCAAAUCCUGGAAGAAGAUGUUGGAAGAACUUAUAAAAUCCUGCUUGGAAGUAGCGAAGGUAGUUUCACCAGUUGUCCAAGAUUCAUCUCCAGAGGGAAAUGUUCCAGCUGAAGCCAUCCGUGGACCAGGAUUAAAUUUUGAUGCCAUCAUUGAGACUGAAGAAGAUAAACAGUUAAUGCUUGAAGCAGAAGAAAGUGAAAAAACAGUUACUUUAAUGCCGGAGUAUUUAGUGGUUUGCUGUUGGAGAAGCAUUAAAGAAGUUUCUCUUCUUUUAGGGGAAAUAACCCAUAAAGCCGAUACGUAUGAUCCAGAUGGAAAUGAUGAAGGUCUUUUAUCAUUUGAACAGAUUGAGGAGAUUGGCGAUUAUUUCAUUACUCAGUUGUUAGCUUCAAAACACAGAGGAGCAUUUGAGCUGGCUUAUGCCGGAUUUAUUAUGAUGUGCGAAAGGUUAUGGAGAAGUCCAAUAUCAAAGCUUCACCAACUUCCUAGUCAGUGGUUGGAUAAACUUUUGAAUGAUAUCACCAGGGAUGAUGGAAACUCUGGUCUCUGUUCCACAAGAAGAAGUGCUGGAAUACCUUUCUAUGCUCAAGCUUUACUAACAACUGAACCACUUGCUAAUGAACAGAGAUGCUUUAACCAGACCAUGAAAAGAUUGCUGGAGCUAAGUGUAUGCAAAACCUCAACCUCCACAACUGAUAAUCCUCCCAAAGUCCAUGCUUUGAAUAUACUUCGAGUUCUUUUUAAGGACAACAAACUUGGCGAUUUUGUGGCACCCUACAUAUCAGCUGGAUUAAAGGCAUCAAUCUUGGGUUUCAAGUCCAAGUACUGGUCAGUGAGGAACUCCUCAACAUUAUUACUUAGUGCCCUGAUGGUUAGAAUAUUUGGCGUUAAAGUUUCUAAAGAUGACUCAGAUCUUUCCAGAAAGAAUUGCUUAACUGGGAGAGCUUUCUUUCAUCGUUUCCCUGAAGUUUACAAUUUUCUUUUGACUGAAUUUGUAGAGGCUACUAGUGUACCUGAAACUCGCAAUGCUCUGCAUCUUCAUCCAAGUCUAUACCCUGUUUUAAUGGUUCUUGGAAGACUUUUUCCAUCGGCACUGGAGGGAACAGAUACAAAUUUAAAUUUAGCUGCCUUUGUACCGUUAGUGAUCCAUUGUGCAUCCAGUCCUGUAUUUAAGACUAGAGUAAUGGCAGCGAGAGCUAUACAACCCCUGGUAGAAAAGGACAGACUAGAUUCUAUCUUGUUGGAACUGAUACACCUGCUUCCCACAAAACCUGAUGCUCAAAUCAGCUACAGCCACACCCACGGUAUUUUGCUGCAGAUAAAGUUUCUGCUUGAUUCAGUACUUGAGCUUAGCAGAUCUGUACAGGCCAUUGUGGCGUUUAAGUUGACACCCAUACUCUCACAGUACACAUGGAUCUUAUCAGAAGAUAGCAAAGCACCAAUGGUCAUAGAAGAAGCAUUUGAAGUCUUUGAUCGAGUUCUUUCAUUAAAAACUUGUAGCAAGGAAACUGUUUGUGUAAAUCCUGUUUAUGAAACGUUUUGUGAACAUCUGACUAGAGCUAUAAAAGAUGAUGUAUCCAGUUGGCCAGGAAGCGACAUUUGUAAAGUAACAAUAUCCAAUCUAGCCUUGAAAUAUCUGCUGAUACCAGUGGACAGAGAACAAAAUGGUGGGUGUGUGGUGUUGGGGAGGAUUUCUGUAUAUCUACACUUGCUAAACUCCAGUUCAUAUGAAGUGAGGUUGGCAGUAUUAGAUCGGAUUCUUUCAGUACUGAAAUGGUCAAGAUCAAAUCCAGGAAAUAACAAAAAUGAAGUUUAUCCAUUAUUUACACUUGUGUCCAGUUCAAAGGAUCUUUUAAAACAUCUUUUGACGAUGGCACUUUUCAGAGAAUGGCAUUUUGAAUGUUUAUCAAGGGUCUUUGAGGUCCUUGCUCAGUUCCCAAGAUGUGUUGAGCAGAUAAAUGAAUUAGAAAUAAGGAUGGGUGAUGCCAGCGAAAAAACUUUUACCACAACGGAUGUCAUGUCUUUGAGUCUAUCCAGACUAGAAUCAGAAAGGAGAGAUUCUGUGAAGUGUUCUAUCAUAAAGGUUACAUCCAGGUUUGGUAGUCUUCUCUAUAAGCUGAUGGCUGAUGUUCCUGACAAAAUCAUAUUGCUUUAUAAAAAUUGGUUUUCGCUAUUGCGGGAAUACUCAGCCACAGAACAAGAUGGAGAUCUACAGCUUGCUGUAGCAGAAGUUAUUCUAGAAAACACUGAAACACUUCUUCUAGAUCCGCUAAAUAUUAUCAAAUAUUUAUCCAUAACAGAUAUUUGGCAUAUUCUAUUUAACCUCCUUCAAGAAGACGAUCUCGAUGUGAAAGAGGUAGCAUCUCAAGUUAUAAACAAGAUUGAUCCAUCCUUGCAGGGAGACCUUCAACCAGCAUGUGCUCUCCACAAGCUGUUAGAGAAGAUGGUUGAGAAAUUUUGGAGAAUUUCCCCGGAAAAGGUUUUGAUGACACUGAUUGGGCUUCUUGUUGGUGUGGAAGAAGAGGAUGAUGACCUUUUAUCAGAAGAACGGUUAUUUGAUAAAGGGGAAAUGAAUACUUACAGGGACAACUUAAACUUCUUUAGACUUGUUUCCAAGACUCUAAAGAAAACUAUUGAAAUGUUCAGCAAACGAGAGAAUUGCUCUGUUAGUGCACAAGGAUGUGGAGAUAGUUCAGAACAUGGUGACUCUUUAGAAGCACUGAAAAGAUCUCUUGUAGGUGCAGCUAUUGACUUUUCAUCGAGAUUAUGUAAAUAUAAAGCAUGGUCUCUAUCUACACCUUUUAAAGAUUCAGCCACUUAUUCUAGAACUGUAACUGAAUUAAGUAAAGCUUUGUUGUUUCUGAAUUGUUGUGAAGGCAGUGUGGUUGCCCAGGAUCCCCAUCUCCAGCAGCUUCGAGAAACAAGUCAAUCAAUUCUCAAUACAAGUUGUGUUAAUUAUUGCAUCGCCAACAUAAUUACAUAAUGCUUCAUAAUUACAUAACCUUUCUCCUUCCGUUGCCCAAGUUUGCUUACUGUGAAAGUACUACAUCAGUGUUCAUUUGUUUCAAAGUCUUCAUUGACUUCAGGCACCUGCUACAGCUCACAUACAUGUAAAUCAGGAUUUUAUAAUAAAGGUGGCUUUUGGUCAAAACUGACUCAAAAUACUCGCCAUCUAAUCUCCAGGAGCAUCAUGAUUUUCAAGAUAAUUUACAAGUAAAUUACAAAAGCAGUUUACACAUGUAAAACCAAACCAAUAUACGUUUCAGUUGUUCAGGGUCUUGAUGGAUAAACAGCCACUGCGUCUUAUAAACGAGCUAUACUAUAUACCGGAAAAAACACCAUGUUAUACUGAAUACAGAAAACACCGGAAAAGCUUUAUCCUAACUCCCCGCACACAGAGGAUCAGGCUCCAUUUUACCUAUUUAGGGUGUUUUCUGGUAUUUAGUGUGUUUUCCGGUAUUUAGUGUUUUUUGGUAUUCAGCAUAACAUGGUGUUUUCCGGUAGAUUUCUGGUGUAUAGUAUUGUGGUUAUAAACUGUUUUAUUUCAAACUUAAAUACUUAAAGAGCCUUCACAAGAGCAACCAAUUAAGUUUGUUUUCUAAUUAGUCCCCUCCCUCUUCCAUAAAAUAGGAAGUAAGUUUUUUUUAUAACAUGUUCGUGUACUUAAAGAAGAAAAGUUAAUAUUGAUGUGGCUGUAUACAAUUAAAUAUUCAAGUCUGUACAACAUGAAUUUGUCCAAAGAGACAGCAUACCAGUAAAUAUCAUGUCCAUUUAACAUAAUUUUUGUUUUUUAUUUUAUUUAUUGUAUAUUAUGAUUUGUCAUGUACAUUGUUUGACUUGUGUACAGGUAAUAUAUUUGAUAUGAGUACUGACUUUUUUUAAAAUUUUAUUUGUCUUCUAAUAUUCAUGAAAACUCAAAAUUGACAAGAGUAGGUCGUAGUGCCGCUGUUCGGACAAAAUUUCCCUUGUAGCACACUGUAUGGCAUAUGUCUGUCUUCAUUAGCCCAGUAUAGGAGCAGAACAAUAGGAAGUUAAACCCAUUUCAUAUCAUUUCAUAUGAUUAUUCCAAUUGGAGCAAAAAAUUAGGACGUAAAACCCCACUUCAUUUCAUUAUAAAACAUGUAGGCUUUGUCCCCAACAUGGAAAGUCCUGGAAGUAUUCUAACUUUGACUUCUAUUUUCAGAGUCCAGUGUCUUUAGCUCACAAUUACCCAAAAACAGAAAAUGAAAAUAGUUGUUAAACAUUUGUUUUUAUAUACAAAGAACUUAUUGAAUAUAACAAAUAUACACAUCAUUUCGUUCCGAUAACUAUCGAUUAUUAACUAUGAAUAAUUGCAUCAAUUAUGACGAGUAAAAUAAACUGUUUAAUAUCAUAUGAUACAAUUUAUAUGGAAAACAAUCACUGGUUUAUACACAUAUAGCACAACGUUUCGACAAGUAUUCUCUUGUCGUUAUAAAGCAUUUUUCGAAACGCUAUGCUAGAUGUGUAUAAACCAGAUAUUGUAUUCCCUAUCAAUUGUAUUGUGUUUUUUUUUAUUGUGCUCAAUCGCUGACUGCCACUCAAAGAUUGAUGAAUAUAGUUUAACAUGUUUAUAAUAUUAAUAUAAUACACAUUGUUAUAGUAAUUAUUUUCUCGUACAUGUAAGUCAGGUCGCUAUAUUGUUAUAGUACUUAUUUUCUCGAACUUGUUAGUCAUCUCGCUGUAAUUAGCCAUGUUGUAAGAAUAAACAAUGAUAUGUAAAAGUUUACCCCCCCCCCCCCC